UAAUUACAACCUUUGAGUCUUGUUUUUAUGGGAUUUGAAUCUUAAUGCAUAACAGGUUUUGAGUUACAGAAGGAAGAGUAACUCUUCCUCUUUCUAUGAAUCCUUCCCAUCUUUGAAUGUGAGAUCAUAGUCAGAUUCCUUUUCCACCUUCCUACUAACCAAGGAAGAAAACAAAUGGAGUAGGACCGUAUAAAUAUUUCAGCUUCUUAACUUUGUUCAUAAAACAGUCCUCUUCCCUUACUCCUCAGGAAGAGGGGUUUCACACGGUCACUGGUGAAGAAAAGUAACAAUUAAGGUGAAAAGUGAACAGAAACAAUUAUUCUGAUGGAGGAAAAUGAAGAUUCAGUUCAAGAAAAGCAUUUUCGAAUAGAGAUGCAGGUGAGUAAUGAGGUUAUGGGUCGGAAAAACAUAGUGAAGAAAAGCUGGGAUGAAUCAAAGAAGAUGUGGGAAAUAGCAGCACCUGCCAUGAUGACUGCAGUAACCCAAUUCUCAAUUGGGUUUGUCACUUCUGCAUAUGUUGGCCAUUUAGGAGAGGUGGAACUGGCUGCUGUCUCAGUUGUUCAGAAUGUUAUUGAGGGCUUUGUUUAUGGGGUGAUGCUAGGGAUGGGAAGUGCCCUGGAGACGCUAUGUGGGCAAGCUGUUGGUGCUGGACAACUGAACAUGCUUGGAAUCUAUAUGCAAAGAUCAUGGAUCAUUACUGGUGUCACUGCAUUGGUCUUAACACCUUUUUAUGUUUUUGCUUCACCAUUACUACAACUCCUUCAUCAAGACAAAGAUAUUUCAAAGCUUGCUGGAAAGUACUCGAUAUGGGUAAUUCCUCAAUUGUUUGCUUAUGCCAUAAACUUCCCUUUACAGAAGUUUCUCCAAGCACAGAGCAGAGUAUGGGUUAUGACGAUCAUUUCCAUAAUAGCCCUUGGAUUUCAUGUGUUGUUGAAUUGGGUGCUUGUGACAAAACUGGAUCGCGGGCUACUUGGUGCUGCCAUCGCAGGGAACAUCUCAUGGUGGCUUGUGGUUUUGGGUCAGAUAAUUUAUGUGGUCUCUGGUUAUUUCUCAGAGGCAUGGACCGGCUUUUCCUGGUCAGCUUUGAAGUCAUUAGCCGGGUUUCUAAAGCUCUCACUUGCAUCCGCUGUAAUGUUAUGCUUAGAGCUAUGGUACUUUACAGCUGUGAUUCUCAUGGUGGGAUGGUUAGACAAUCCAGAAAUUGCAGUAGACGCCGUUUCCAUCUGUAUGAACUUGCAACUGUGGACUCUGAUGAUAGCUCUUGGUUUCAACGCAGCAGUAAGCGUGCGAGUAGCAAAUGAGCUUGGAGCUGGAAAUCCUAAAGCUGCAAAAUUCUCAGUGGUGGUGACUGUUUUAACUUCAACAGUAAUUGGAAUUGUGUUCACAGCUUUGAUUCUGGUAACCAAGAAUGACUUUCCAAAGGUAUUCACUCGAAAAUUAAUGGUCAUGAAGGAGGCAUCAAAGCUGGGUUACUUUUUGGCAGCAACAAUUUUCCUCAACAGCAUCCAACCUGUGCUUCAUGGGGUGGCAGUGGGUGCAGGCUGGCAGUUCUUAGUGGCCUUCAUCAAUACUGGGUGUUACUACAUCAUAGGACUUCCUAUCGGUGCUGUUCUUGGCUACAAGUUAAAGCUAGGUGUUAAGGGCAUAUGGUCAGGGAUGUUAGCUGGUUGUCUGCUUCAAAUAGUCAUUCUGAUUUUCGUCUUUCUGCGAACUAAUUGGCACAAAGAAGCUGUGAAAGCUGAAGAGCGCAUCAGAACUUGGGGUGGUUCUGUGGAACCUCAGCAAAGUUCAUCCGAAAACAACAGCACGAGUGAUUGAUGAAUUCAUUGUGGAAAGGAACUUGAACUUGAUAAAAUCAAUAUCAAGUUCAUCAAAUUAAAGCUGCUUUUUUAUAUUAGAGUAGUGUUCCCAAGACUCUAAAUUUUUAUAUUUAAGUCUCAAUUGAAUUAAAUAAAAAAAAAAUUAGCAUUACAUAAUCAUAAAA